GUUAUUUGGAACGUCCUUCGGAAGACAAUUGUUCGCAGCCAUGAAUAUAGCAACCAGCUGAGAGUGAGAGCGUGAUUAAUUCAAAAUCACAAAUUUCUUUUUACGGGAAGACUGUGGACACCUUGGUUCAACUCAAAUGUCACUCAAUUCAUUAUACACCUACUAUGGAGACAAAAUGGCGGAAGUUAAAUUAAAUGUGUAUGAUAUGUAUUGGAUCAAUGACUAUACGACAACAUUAGGACUUGGAGUCUUCCAUUCCGGAGUAGAGGUGUUCGGUAAAGAAUAUGCAUUUGGAGGGCAUCCUUUUCCGAUGACAGGAAUAUUUGAAAUACUACCACGUGAUGUGGAUGACUUAGGACAACAGUUCAGGUUUAAGGAAAGUAUAUGUUUGGGAUCCACUGAUCUAACCGAAGAUCAAGUAAUGAAGGUCGUAGAUUGUCUUGGAAAGAAGUACCCUGGGGACUCUUAUCACCUCAUUCAUAAAAAUUGUAAUCAUUUUACUCAAGAACUUUCUCAGAUUUUAUGUGGCAAAGAUAUACCAAACUGGGUAAAUAGGCUAGCUACCGUUGGAGCUAGGAUGCCUUUCAUGGAACGUAUGUUGCCAAAAGAAUGGCUAACACCUUUAGCAAUCGAGGCGACAGUGCACGUUAAGGAAGCAACGCAACUCUGACGAUAAAGCAUUCCUAAAAAACUUUGCCAGUAGUUAGCCCAAGGAUAAAAAGAUUAAAAAUCAUGAUUGGAUUGAAAUAACAUUGAAAUCUUCAACGAUAUUUUCUUACAUAUAUUUUUUCUGACUCUGUGUUGGCAUAGAAAUGAACAAUCGAACAAUCUUCAUGUUCUUUUUGUGGAAAAUAUGUAAAAUUUCGGACGUUGAGAAGGGAUUCAACGAAUUGCGUCCUAUCCUUGGUUAUUAAAUGCAAGAUGAUGAUUUCAUAUAACUGCUUUUUUAAUGGAUACCAAACCAUAAUGCUGAAUGCUACUGAUUAUUGUUGUGUAUGUAGGUGUACAUGAUUCAGUAUUAUGCACUGUGCGCAUAUAUCUGUUAAAUAUGUUCGAAUUUUAUGUUUGAGGUGCAAGAUCGUUUGUGGGUAUACGUUGGUGGAUAUCAUAAGCACAGUUGAGAUUCUAACAAGUACAGGUGGACCCACUAAAUCACAGGUGGCUUAGGAAAGUUACAGUUCACCCUCCAAUUUUAGGCCACUUUAGGACCUGAAAAUGUGGGGUGGUAUCUAGAUUUGACGAUUGUUAUAUGAUUCUUUGAAAAAGUCUCGAUUUUGAAGGUCUCGAAUUGGAGGGUGGACUGUAUUAUUAUUAUUACAAGGGUACGCUAGUCCUUCACAUUAUUUGGAUACAAAAAAUAUUGUAACGUUGAGUACUUAUGAAACAUCCCAUGACCAGAAAUUUACAAUAAUUGUGGAUGAUUUAUAUGAUGUUCAAACAUUUUACUUACAUUAAUUACUGUUCAUUUGACAGUUAAUUAGUUACUUGUCCUUUAUUCUAAGUUGGUAAAUGCAUUAUUCUACUUACGAAUAUGAUCGCUGAUUCUUUGUAAAAUAUGCUGUUGCAGAUGUGAAUGAAAAGUUAAUUUUGUUUUUAUUUAUUUUUUUAUAUAGAAAUAAUAUUUUCAUAUAUGAAGCAUGCAUAUAUGGAAGAGAAUUUAUUUUAUUACAUCUAUGUACAUCUAGGAUUGGUUAAAAAAUUUAUGUUUGUGUUUUAUUUAAAUAGUUGCUUCCUUAUUCUAAGUUUGUAAAUGCAUUAUUCUACUUACAAAUAUGAUCGCUGAUUCUUGUAAAAUAUGCUGUUACAGAUAUGAAUGAAAAGUUACUUUUAUUGAUUAUUUUUGUUUAAAAGAAAUAAUUUUUUGAUAUAUGAAGCAUGCAUAUAUGGAAGAGAAUUUAUUUAUGUUUAUAUUUUUUAUAACUUUAUUUUUGCAGUGUAGAUAUCAAAGGAUAAUUACUUAUUUUAGAUAUCUGUCAAUGUCCCAGAUGAUGUAAUAUAUAUGCCCCAUGUUACGAUUGCUAUCCUCAUUAGUUUUAGUACUACAAUACUGUUGUUAUGAUUUUUAUGAAUAUUAUUAUUGUUAUAAAGUGAGCACAAUAGCUUUCAUGUAUUGAAGUUGAACAACAUGAUUAUUUAUAGUAAACAUAAUAUUUAUAAUACACUUCAUUUUCACAUAUACAAGACUAACCCAUGCAAGGUGCAAUUAUUAAGUGUUAUAAAAUGUGGAAAGAAGAAUGCAAAUAAAAAAUUAACGGUAGAAUUAUUUGCCAAACAAGAACCUGUGAACACAAAUUCAACAGAAACUUUGUCACCUUCAGCAAAGAGUAUAAAAAGGAAAUAGAGCACCGUACGCUGGUUGUGGAUAAAUGAUACGCCCCCCUUGUACGGAGCUAUGGAAGGACGCCGUUUGUAUCCUCUUUUUAUUACCCAGUAAUACGCUGUGCACAGUUUGUUUACCUGUUUUUCACACGAUACAAUAUUUUCGUAUAUUUACUUCUUUUGUAUCAUAGCAUUAAUGUAGGUGCACUUCCUGUAGGACACAGCGGGUGCACUUCCAUCAUGUCUAUGCCAACUUCCAUCGUAACUAGACAAACGGAACUAGACUCUCAUUCCUUUAAAUAAUCUCUGCCUUCGUUUAUAGAUUACAUAUCCUAAUUGUUAUUUUUUAUAGUUUUUAUAUACAGUACAGUAAUUCAUUUUUAGUUUUCAGUAUGUGAAAAAAAAAAUAACUGAAAAUAAUGCUGCUAGGGAUUAAUUUACAAAUUAGCAUAUUAUGUAAAUGAGGUGCAGGUGUUAGAGUUGGCAUUCUAGGUGAGGUGCUUUUGAUUGUUUUCUAUAUUUUUCUCAACAUUCUUAGGCCAAAAAUGAUAUAUUAUGCACUUGUAUUUGGGAGUUUGCUUACUAUCUUAAGGGAAUUUGUGAGAUUUUUAUGUUGUCUACCAAUAUUUUGUAUAAAUCAUUUAAAUUCCCAGGUGGAUUUCCAGGUGGCUUUUAAUACUUCUGAUAUGCAUUGAGAUUUUGUAGCUUUUGCUGCUGUUUGUGCUUUUGGCAUUUGUCAGCACAUAGUAUAAUUAUGUUUGAUGUUAUUGCACAUGUUUUUAAUAUCAUCUUAAAUCCAAGGAUUGGUUUCAUUUCUGUAUUCAUAACUUUACUUUGUAGAUAUAAUCUGUUACACUGUUAAUGCAUGUAAUAUCACAUGUGCUAAUAUCAUGCAUGCUGACAUGUAUUUAUACCAUGCGUGUUGAUUUCACGCAUGAUUACAUGUUGUACAUCAUUAUACCACAUGUACCUAUAGCACACAUGCUUAUAUGUGUGCUAUACCACACAUACAUCAUGUGUGUUUAUAUCACACAUACUUGUCAUAUGUGGUUAUUCCACGUAUACUUGCAUGUGUGCUUAAACAUACAUAUGCCAUGUAUAACUGCACAUGCUUAUGCAAUGUGUGCUGUACCACAAGUGCUAAUGUGGCCAUUUCACAUAGGGUUUUACUACAUAUGCUUAUAACAAUUGUGAUUUUACCAUGCAUUAAGUUUGUGUAAACAAUGCAUCAAUGUGUAUACCUGUUUUUGAUACUCAACUUUUUAUCAAUCUAGUGAGUGCCUUCAAGAAUCAGGGUAUAGUAUGGAUGAUUUUUGGGUGUAAGAGUUCUUAAAUACAGUACCUUAAAAAAAAACAAAAUUUACAUGUUUUCUUUGAGGUUAUGUUUUGCUGAUUCGUUAUCAGUUGUCUUGUCCAGUUAUUUUCUUCCAAAGGUAGAAAAAUUUGUCACCAAAUUUAAGGAUUUUAUAUUAUUUACUAGAUCAUUGUAUAUAAUCUGCACGUUGGCAUUGGCAUAACUAGUUCAUUUGUCCAAGUUCAUUUGUCCCCAGUUCUAGUUUGGUGCAUGUAUACUAAGGCGCAAUUUUUUUCUAUUCCUUGUUUUGCGAAUUUAUUUGUUUAAAGAUCGUCCAAGGCGGUAAAAAAAAAUAAAAAUAAAAUUUUCUUUUCUGGUUUAGCAAAUAGUUUUGCCAAAACCAUCCUGAUGGAAGAUAAAAUGAAAAUAAAAUUUUAUCGUUGAAUGUAAAUAAUGUUGUAAUGGGAUGGUUAAAUGCUUUAAAUUUAUAUAAAUAGGAAGAAAUAUACAUAUCUUAUUUAUUGAGAUUUCAAGGUAGCGACGGGCGUAAUAAAAAUAAAGAAAAACUUGUAUUUUUUUCAGAAAUUUCCAGCUUUUCGUGGCGGCGGGUGUGCUAAUUGACCAAAAAUAAAAUUUUUCACAAAACAAGGUAUAGAAAAAUCUUGCCUAAAUAACAUAUAUUUCUACUUUAAAAGAGGCUUUGAAUUUUUAUGCACAAUUCUGUAAAUAGUGAAUGUAAACUGAAUUUUGCAUACAGCACUAAUGUAUACAAUUUCUGUUGGUUAAACAAAAUUAUUGAUAUUUAUAAUAGUUGAUGGUACAUUAUUAUUGUUUGCAUUCAGAAAUACUGCUAUGAUUUCUUUUUAUUGCUGAUGUAAGAGACUGGUUUCAAGUAGUUUAUAAGUGGUAAAAUAUUACUAGUGUUCUUUCUAAAUGAUUAAUAUUAUGGCACAAAUAAAAAUAUUAUCAGCAGGGUCAUGGUAAAAAUCUAAAUUUCUCUCUUAGUAACUUCUUGGUGGUUAAUAACAAUAAAAUAUAAAAUGUUUAA